CCAUGCACAUCAGCACAUGGCGCUAGCGUCCUGCGACUCGCUCCCCGCCGACGCCGUCUGCUUCUUCCCGGCCAUGGCGUGCCGCCACCCGUGCGACGGCGCCGGCGCCGGCAGCGGCCUAGCAGCAUCCGCCUUCUACGGCGGCGCUCGUAGCCCCGCGGCGGCUUUAUUAUUCUCCCGGCCCCAGCUCGCGUUCGGUGGUGCGGCUCUCACCGGCCUGGCGCCGCCGCGGCAGCCCGACGCCGUCUUCGAGUGCCUGUCGGAGGAAGACGUCUCGUCGGUUGUGCCUGGCACGACGUUCGGGCCGCCGCCGCCGGAGAUGCCGGUCGAGUACGCCGGGCCGGACGCCGCCUCGGGCUAUGCUCAUCAUGUCAUGUCAGUCUCGCGCAUGUCUAGUAGAUACGUGAUGCACCGGGGCGCGGCCGCCAUGGCGGGGGCAGAAGGGUCCACGAGGACGACGGACAGGAUCGCGUUCCGGGUGAGGUCGGAGGAGGAGGUGCUCGACGACGGCUACAAAUGGAGGAAGUACGGCAAGAAGUCCGUCAAGAACAGCCCUAAUCCGAGGAACUAUUACCGGUGCUCGACGGAGGGCUGCAACGUCAAGAAGAGGGUCGAGCGAGAUAAGGACGACCCGAGCUACGUUGUGACCAUGUACGAGGGGGUGCACAACCAUGUGAGCCCCGGCACGAUCUAUUACGCCACCCAGGACGUCGCCUCCGGCCGCUUCUUCGUCGCCGGGAUGCAUCAAGCCCUUGAUUAGGCAGAGCGUGUGCUAGCGUAAGAUAGACAUACGCACACUGACUGUCUUAGUUAGAGUAGACAAACCUACUCCACAUGAAUGGAUAUAUAUAUAUACACAUAACAGAAACUAUGCAUUAGAUUUAUCGAUACGAUCUAAAUUUGGAAUGGGGGAGUAACAUCUAACUACUAGUCUCUUCCCGGCUAGAUAAAGUUACUGGCAGGGCCUACUGAUUUUGCGCUACUAAUUGUA